AGACUGGUUGAAAUUCUAAACUACAGGAGGAGCAACUGAUCACAGGCUCGGAUGGUGAGCUCAGCCAAUGGGGAUGCGAGUUUCUGGGAGAGAGCCAAUCAGUACGCGGCCUGACACAGAAGACCAAUGGGGCGCCGAUUCUGCGGGUUGGGGCCCGCCCCUCCUCAGCAUCCGGAGACGCGGGCAGUUCGCGUGGUUUCUGCUGUUGCCACUUCCCCGGUUCUCGCCUCAGCACCAUGGACGCCGCCAAGCAAGUGGUUAACUUUGGGCCCGGGCCUGCCAAGCUGCCACACUCGGUGUUGUUAGAGAUACAGAAGCAGCUACUGGACUACAAAGGACUCGGCAUCAGUGUGCUUGAAAUGAGUCACAGGUCAUCAGAUUUUGCCAAGAUUAUCAACAACACAGAGACUCUUGUGAGGGAAUUGCUAGAUGUUCCCAACAACUACAAGGUGAUCUUUGUGCAAGGAGGUGGGUCUGGCCAGUUCAGCGCCGUCCCCUUAAAUCUGAUUGGCCUGAAAGCUGGAAGGUGUGCUGACUAUGUGGUGACCGGAGCUUGGUCCGCUAAGGCUGCAGAAGAAGCCAAGAAGUUUGGGACUGUGAAUGUCGUCCACCCUAAACUCGGAAGUUACACGAAAAUUCCAGACCCAAGCACCUGGAACCUCAACCCGGACGCCUCCUACGUGUACUUCUGUGCAAACGAGACUGUGCACGGGGUGGAGUUUGACUUCAUACCUGAUGUCAAGGGAGCCGUGAUGGUCUGUGACAUGUCCUCAAACUUCUUAUCCAGGCCAGUGGAUGUUUCCAAGUUUGGUGUGAUUUUUGCUGGUGCUCAAAAGAAUGUUGGCUCUGCUGGGGUGACGGUGGUGAUCGUCCGUGAUGACCUGCUGGGGUUCGCCCUCAGAGAGUGUCCUUCAGUCCUUGAAUACAAAGUGCAGGCUGGCAACAACUCUUUGUAUAACACACCUCCGUGUUUCAGCAUCUACGUCAUGGGCAUGGUCCUGGAAUGGAUCAAGAACAAUGGUGGAGCCACAGCCAUGGAGAAACUCAGCUCCAUCAAAUCCCAAAUGAUUUAUGAGAUAAUUGACAAUUCUCAAGGAUUUUAUGUAUGUCCAGUGGAGCGCCAGAAUAGAAGCAGGAUGAAUAUUCCAUUUCGCAUUGGCAAUGCCAAAGGAGAUGAAGCUUUAGAGAAGCGGUUUCUUGAUAAGGCAGUGGAACUCAACAUGAUCUCCUUGAAGGGGCACAGGUCAGUAGGAGGCAUCCGUGCCUCUCUGUAUAAUGCUGUCACCAUUGAAGAUGUUGAGAAGCUGGCUGCCUUCAUGAAGAACUUCUUGGAGAUGCAUCAGCUGUGACAUGACUGGCUCCAUGCUGUCUGUGAGCACCAUGCGGCGUUCAGAGUACCUUCAGAUAGGCUACAGUAACUUAACAGAUGUGGAUUUCCCCCAAUACAUGCUUAACACAGACUCUUCUUCAAAGAAUAACACCUAACCAUCCAGGGCUCUGCAGAGCUGAUGGGACUCCCAGCUGAUGGCCACCUUCAUUUUGACUUGACCUGGAGGCACUUUCAAAGCUUUCCUGUUGUUUUUCUAAUGAAUGCAGCCUGGCACCUCUGCUGCUUCAUUCCCUAGGCAGAUCGCAGUCCUAGCCUCGGACUUUGUUCUGCAGAAUUGAUUAGUUAUUUUUGGGUUCACAGGAGCAUACCCCAAGGAGGUUGGAGUGCAUGUGCUGGAUCUGACAGCAGUGAGUUUUCUGGGUUCUGCAACUCUUGGUUAAAGUCAACAGUGAGCAUUUUGAAUCUGUAUACUGCUAUUCUCGUAACAAGAUAAAAGUGACAUACGCUAUGAGUGCUUAUAUAGUGGGUCUGAUUUUAAUACCGUACGAUUUAUAUCUAUGCCUUUAUAUAUCUAAUGAGACAGUUCUGUCGAUGCUUUUAGUGUGUUCAGCCCAUGACUUUGUGCAUGACUCUUUCCUGCUGUGGGCAGUUGCACCCUCUUACCGACUCCCUUCUAAAGCCGCUUUCUAAGAAAGAUCUAGAAGUUCCACGAUUCACUCUUCUUAUCCUGGCCACAAGUAGAAGAAAUGGUUGCUUGUUUGCUUUCUGGUUAGGCUGUUAAACAAAACUCAGUUACCCUCCCAUCCCCAUGAAUUGUGUUCACAUAGCUGUUUUGUAGUUUGACCAGGGCAAUACCGUACAUUCCAGAUCUUUGCUGAGGUCUUUCCCCAUCGUUCAUAUGUUGUUAGUGUUUUCUGUUGACUAUGUGAAGAACAUUAAAGUCCUGAAGUAUCUAAACCAUUGCCUGUGAAUUCUUCUGCUUGCCUUUUAGACGUUCCGAUAGGAAGCCCAGGGUCUAAAAGUAGCUUGUGAUAGAGCAGUUUAGUCAGUUGUCAGGCUUAGCGCUUAUGCAACUCAGUGUGGUUGUUUGCCUUUUACUUUUGGAGCAGACACAGUCAGCAGAGUCCUUCCAGCACAGCUCCCAGAGUGCACUUUUGUGAACUCUGUCCCUGUUAGCCCAGAAAAAGCCAGCAGAACAGUGCUUCCUGAUUCAUUUGGUUGGACAAGGAGAAGACACUGAUUAACUGGUUCUCUUGGUCGGGUGUCAGCUUCUCAUUUGCGAGGGAUGGAAUUAAUGCCCAGCCUUGCAGGAUGCUUGUAUUGAAAACAAGGUCUUGUUUAGGAAUGUGACAAACCGCCACAGCAUUCUGUAAACACCAAGAGCCUGUCUGUGGAGUCAACUUAAGGGUCCACAAACAACUCAGAGACAACCCCCGUUUUCCAUGUGUUUGUGAGCCCCAAUUGUCUCCUCCUCUUCAACCCUUCAUGUCCCAGCCAACCCUGCUGUGACAACCCUUGGAUUAUUUCAGCACCCAUCUCUGCUUCAUCCACCCCUCCCAGUGCAGCCACUCGGACAGACUGUGCUCUGUGUGUAUGGAUGCAUGAAUGAUCAGGGCUUUGUAGUGUGGCAGUCAGAGCUUCCUAACAUCUGCCUGCUUCCUGUCUCCUGUGCUAAUGGUUCUUAGCGUGUUUCUAUUACAGGUUUGCCCAUGCCACGCUAAGCUCAGAGUUCUGCCCAACUCAGUAAGAUCAGACUCUCUUUAUGACUUCUGGUGCUUCUUUACUUCCUGUUAUUUUCUUUGUUGUCAUGGAGGUGACAUUUUACUUCUCCUCUUUGUGAUGAUGAGGUGGCUGCUUGUCUGUCUUGCAUGUAGAUGUUUAGACUGCCUAACGAACGCAGAGCAUAGUGCGUGGUGUAUUGCAAACAGCUUGGGGUAGUACAGGCAAAAUGCCAUCUCAGCCCAUGGAUUUUAUAAAAUAUCAAAAGCUUAGUGUUCAUUUUCUAUUAACGGUUUGACUAGGAUCCUAUGGUAGAGUGGGGGAGUUUAAAACUUUGAGAAGUUUCUAGAAUUAUCUUUACUAUUUGAAAGCUUUUGGAGAAAGCCAGUUGUCUGGCCAUGGUAGACUUUGGAGGACAGAUCAUAGAAAAUAGCCAGAGCAUAAAAUGUGACCUUUGUAUGCCACGAGACAUGAGCUGAUGCCAGUCUACUGAUCACAUGGAGGGUGGAAGGAGAUACUGGGGGUGCAACAUCUCUGGGACUUUGGGAUGAGAACCCGCUGGCCUGUCACUGAAGGUUAGGAACAUGACAACAGGGGAGCCUUAGGGGCCCCCAUGAGCCUUGCUGAAAGACUGACUCGUGUUCUUUCUUUCUUUCUUUCUCUCUCUCUCUCUCUCUCUCUCUCUCUCUCUCUCUCUCUCUUUCUUUCUUUUGAUUUUUGAGACAGGGUUUCUCUGUAGGUUUUGGUGCCUGUCCUGGAACCAGCUCUUGUAGACCAGGCUGGCCUCGAACUCACAGAGAUCCACCUGCCUCUUUCUCCCAAGUGCUGGGGUUAAAGGCGCGUGCCACCACUGCCUGGCUUGUGGCAUUUUCUAAAUUGCUUCUGAAGCUUAUUUUUUUUUUCUCUCAAAGUUCUUUAUGACACAUGACGUGUCCUGAUGUCAUCCCUGUGGGGAAGAACCUUCGUGUAUUCCAUUUAAGCAACAUUAAAUGAGUCUUUUCUGUUAAGUGCUAUAAAAUCUGUGACAAUGACAAGAAAUUAAAAUCUUUUCAUGUCCCCCACCUCAGAAGACUUUUAUGCAAAUGUUUCAUUCACCCACUGCAACCCAGUAAAGGCUUUUUUUAAAAA